ACCCCGCCUUCUUCAUCCGGGUGCUGCGGCGCGAAUAAGAGCUGGACCGCGCUUGCGCGCUCAGUCCCAUUACUUCGACCUCUGCCGCCGCCCGUGCCGCCGCUACCUCUCGGGAAGAGAGGAAGAGGGAGAGGAGCCCACGUCACCUGUCAGCCAGUAUCUCCAGCCGCGCGGUCCCGAAGAGUGUAAGAUGUUCGCCUGCGCCAAGCUCGCCUGCACGCCCGCUCUGAUCCGAGCUGGAUCCAGAGUUGCAUACAGACCAAUUUCUGCAUCAGUGUUAUCUCGACGAGAGGCUAGGACUGGAGAGGGCUCUACGGUAUUUAAUGGGGCCCCGAAUGGUGUGUCUCAGCUAAUCCAAAGGGAGUUUCAGACCAGUGCAAUCAGCAGAGACAUUGAUACUGCUGCCAAAUUUAUUGGUGCAGGUGCUGCAACGGUAGGAGUAGCUGGUUCUGGUGCUGGUAUUGGAACAGUCUUUGGCAGCCUUAUCAUUGGUUAUGCCAGAAACCCUUCGCUGAAGCAGCAGCUGUUCUCAUAUGCUAUCCUGGGAUUUGCCUUGUCUGAAGCUAUGGGUCUCUUUUGUUUGAUGGUUGCUUUCUUGAUUUUGUUUGCCAUGUAACAAAUUACUGCUUGACAUGUUGGCAUUCUUAUUAAUUACGGAUGUAAUUCUGUGUAUCUUACUGUGACUCCAAAAACUGUAGUAUUGGUGUCAUGGAAAUGUACGUUAUUUCCAAAGUCAUUUCAUUAAAGAUGAAAACUUUAA